UGUUCCCGGAUGCUGCAUUGUGGGAGUCUGACCUCACUACCCGCCGACAUGGGAGCCGUCACCGACGAUGAAGUUAUUCGUAAACUUCUUUUAAUUGAUGGGGAUGGCGCUGGUGAUGACCGAAGAAUCAACCUGUUGGUGAAAAGUUUUAUAAAAUGGUGUAACUCUGGAUCUCAGGAGGAUGGGUACACCCAGUACCAGCGGAUGCUUAGCAGUUUAUCUCAGUGUUCAUUCUCUAUGGGAAAAACUCUCCUUGUACAUGACAUGAACCUGCGAGAAAUGGAGAACUAUGAGACGAUCUACAGUGACAUUGAGAGCAGUAUUGCAGCAGCACAUGAGAAAAUAGCUGAAUGCAAGAAACAGAUUUUACAGGCCAAGCAGAUCCGAAAGAAUCGCCAAGAGUAUGAUGCGUUAGCCAAAGUGAUACAGAAUCAUCCAGAUCGCCAUGAGACAUUAAAGCAACUAGAAGCAUUGGACAAGAAGCUGAAGCAGCUGUCUCACACCAAGGAGAAUGUUGAAGACAAGCUGGAGUUAAGACGAAAACAGUUCCACGUCCUCCUCAGCACCAUUCAUGAGCUCCAGCAAACCCUAGAAAAUGAUGAGAAACUGGCUGAACAAUCUCAAGAUGCGCAGAUGGACACUGGAACUCAGUAGAUGUACACCUUGCUGUGUGCCAUGUUAGUUUUUCUCCAUGUUUUCUGUAUGCUUUUUAGCAUUCUGGAUUUCAUGUUGUAGCUGCUUAAAGCUCAACUACAACCAAAACUUUUUUAAGUUUUGGACAGAGCUUGAAGGGCUAGAGUCUUUUAUCAUAUUUUAUGUGUAAGUGUACUAGUUUAAUAAAUGAGACCAACUUCCCCCUGACUACCUACAAAAUAGCUAUGUACUUGAAAUGUUCUGUCUCCAGUAUAGAUUCUUAUGGGAAAUAUUGGUUUUUGAAUUCUUCUUUUUUUUUUUUUUUAACCUU